CUUGAUUUUGUGCGUUUGUCGUUAUUUGUUCAAACAAGCUCACCCGUCAGUAUCAAAGAAACAUUUUUUUUCUUCUCUUAUAUUGGGGAAACCAUCCUGAGAGGUACUGAUGUUGAUAUUGUAGGCAAUGCUUUUACUGGUGCUAACAGUGCUUUCCCAAUGUGGAGAAGUAAUUUGCUGUUCUUUCCCAUUGGACAGGAGAAACACGGGUUCACCUUUGUUGUUUGCUUGAAGGAGAGGGCUUUUGCAUUUCUUGAUUCUCUGUACGGGGCAAAGGAUCAUUUUCAUCUGGGAAUUCGUGAUAAAUUGAUUGAAAAUUUCAUAACAAUCUGGGAUCAGUAUGUGACUCCUAUCCUGCGUAAGCGCAUUGACUUUGAGAAUUUUGACAUUGUGUACCCUACUCUUCCACAACAAAAUAACUGGGAUGAUUGUGGUGUUUUCACUAUCAUGUAUCUGAAGCACUGGACUCCUAGGACCCCAAUUGGCAAUAUGUUUGGCGCAGCCGAUGUUGACAACAUAAGAAUCAGAUUGGCUAAUGAGUUGUAUUUCAGUGGAUUCAACAGCGUCGACAAGACUUUUGUCACCCACUUCUUUGAUGAUAUCAAGGCUUAGGGUUCCUGGGAGAUGCAUUGCGGCAUUGAGGGCUUUGGUUAAAACUAGGCAUUCCGAGAAAGUAUAGAUAGUAGUACUGCUGGCAAUGUUUUGUUUGUCAGUAGUGUGAUUAAAUACGAUAAAUUUGUACGCUUUUUGGUCUACAUGUCAUGUAUGUGUAUUUGGAUGGCUGUUUGAUCUUUAAUGUCGUGAAUUAGUGACUCUUUUUAUAGAGUAGUUUGAGAAGGAUGGUUUCAUUA